AAGCAAAAACACACCGCUCCUCUUCCAACAAAGUUUCCAGCUUGGCAGAGAGACUAAUCCCUUCCCUCCUCAGACCAGGAGCGCAGACACAAAUAGAGACUCAGUCUGUAGUAUCUCAGUCAGUCAGUCAGGACUUUAAUCUGGAUAACUCAGAGGAUCUGCUCCAACUCUGAAUACUAUUGUUUUGGGACAUGUAAUGCAGAAAACAUUUCAUUGCAGGAUUUCAACUACAGUAAGCUGUCCUAGCAUUGAUUGACAGUGCUCUGUCUGGACAGUACUGUAACUCCAUCUAGAGGUGUCUGCUGAAGAACUUAGCGAAGUUCCUGCGAGCUCCAUUUAUGUGAAUGUACUUUUUCUGUGAUUGAAACUUCAGGAAGGCAUGACGGGUCAGGAGAGGAGUGAGGAGAAGAGUGAGUGUGUGUCCCUGUCUCCGAUGAUGGAGGCUGUCCCUGCCCCACCUGAGAGUGAGAGGGUGUGUGUGUUUGGGACGGGGGACCUGGGGCGCUCUCUGGGCCUGCGUCUGCUGCAGGCGGGGUACGGUGUGGUGUUCGGCAGCCGACGCCCCCACAGCCGCAGCAGCCUCCUACCCCACGGAGCACAGGUCCUGGGUCAUGCUGCAGCUGCUCAGUCAGCCCAUCUGAUCUUCAUCGCUGUCCAGAGAGAACACUACGACUUCCUGGUACCACUGGCCAAUCAGCUGAAGGGAAAGGUGUUGGUGGACCUCAGUAACAACCUGAGGAAGAAUCAGUACCCAGAGGCCAACGCAGAGUACCUGCAAAGUCUGGUUCCUGGAGCUGAGGUGGUUAAAGGCUUCAACACCCUGUCGGCCUGGAGUCUGCAGAAUGGACCUUCAGAUGCCAACAGACAGGUGUAUAUCUGCGGGGAAAGUGUGGAGGCCAAGCAGGCAGUGAUAGCGGUAGCCACCAAGCUGGGUUUCAGUGCCCUGGACCAGGGAUUUCUCUCAGUGGCCCGGGAGCUGGAGGACUUCCCCCUACAGCUGUUCCCCCAGUGGAGGCUCCCCCUGCGCAUCUCCAUUGGCCUCAGUGCUGCCUUCUUCUUCUACCUACUGAUCAGAUACGUCAUCUAUGCAUACGUCACCCAGGGCGAAGACAUCUCCUUCAGAAUCAUGGUCUCACUGGCCAACCAGGUGUGUCCCAUCGUGUCUCUGAUCAUGCUGUCUCUCUGUUACCUGCCUGGUGUCCUGGCUUCCUUCCUGCAGCUCUACAGAGGCACCAAGUACAGGCGCUUCCCUAAUUGGCUGGAUCGCUGGAUGCUGUGCAGGAAACAACUGGGUCUACUGUCGUUGGGGUUCGCCUUUCUGCACGUGCUCUAUACACUGAUCAUACCCAUACGGUACUCUGUGAUGUUCUGGGUCACUGAACACACUGUCUCUGUGAUCAGAGAGAACAGGACCACAAUGUUUGAUACUACAACAGCUUGGCAUGACGACUCCUACUUGUCCCUGGGAAUUCUGGGAUUUGGCCUGUACGUCCUAUUGGGAAUCACAUCUCUUCCCUCCGUCAUUAACGCUCUCAGCUGGAGGGAGUUCAGCUUCGUACAGUCCAAGCUGGGUCACCUGACUCUGCUGUUGUGUACGGCGCACACCUACCUGUACGGCUGGAACAGAUUCCUGAGUUCCUCCACCUACAAGUGGUACACCCCACCGGGCUACAUGCUGUGUCUGGUGCUUCCCUCUGUGGUGCUGCUACUCAAGCUGCUGCUCAUAACCCCCUGUGUGGACCGAACCAUCACCCGCAUACGACAGGGCUGGGAGAGGGGGGCAGAUCAGAGGAACCCUAAAGACAGCCAACCACUGAUACCUUAGAGGACACACACACACACACACACACACACACAAAAUAACACCCUCAGUGUGAUGACAGCUUUGUCUUUGAGGCAUGAACUCUUGUUUCUUUGCUAUUGUACCCUCAGAGGUUGGCUACCAUUCAAUCAUCGUUUGCCAUGUUUCUGGGAUCAAAAACCAACAAUAACAUUUAAUUGAUAUGCAGUCGUAUUUAUUUUUAUAUGACACUGUAAACAUUGUUGCAUUUAAUGCAUAUAUUUUCAACCGUAUGUUAACCAGACAUGAGUUUUCUCUCUUACGUAAAGAGAAUGGUGAAAGCUCUUUCUCUCUUAUAUCCUCUCUCUUACUGUACAUCCUCUCUCUUCUUUGACUGACUGUACAGUUAUCCCCGGAUGAAACACAGGUUUCAGAGACAUAUAAAUGUUUUUAAAUGUAUAUUUUGUGUCUGUCUCAUACAUCUCCAGGGGCAGGUCAGACACAUAAAAACACAUCUAUCAGUGUGAUCCUCUCUGGGGCAGAGUGUUAUUAUUUCCUCCAGAAAACAGACUCUCUGAAACCCAGCAACAGGCUUCCCUUUCAUCACUAGAUAGACAGAGUGGCCCACAGUGUCUUCUGUUAUGGGGAGCACUUCCAUUUGUUCUGGAUAUAGCUGGUUGUUUGUGUAGAUGCCAAAUACCUAAAUACAUAGAUUAACUUUUAGGUGCACGCAGAAAGACAUAUUCCCAGAAACAGCUUGUACCAACAUUAAAAAUACAGGAACAAUGUGGAAACAAUGUUGAUUCAACCAGUGUCUGACAAGUGGGAUCUUUUGUAAUAAUUAUUUUUAUUUCAUCAAUAAAAUAAAUGGGUAUAUAUUU